AACUCAUAGAAAUCAAGUCACUGCCGUGUUUGACCUCGAAAGCGUUUGCUUAUACACAUAUUUCACACAAUAUUAAUAUUCGCAACCCAAAAAAAAAGAAAAUGAAAAAUGAAUUUCUUAUAAACGAUAAUUAAUAAAUAUAAAGGGGAGAUUUAGAUUUAAGAAUUUAAAGAUUUGAUUUUUCUUUCUGUGUUUUUCAUCUCUGAUUUCUUCAUCGAUAAAUCACAGCUUCCUUGCUUCUCUGUUUCUUUCUCUUUCUCUCGAUUUUUUUUUCUCGAGGAAAUUUGACAUUUUCAGAGGGAAGAAAGUAUUGAGCUGUUUGUUUCGCGAGAAAACCGAGAAAAAAAAGAAGUAGAGAUGAGAGGUGCAAAUGGAGAAUCCAUAGCUAUGAAUAACACUUUGGAGACCAUUCAUGCUGCUGCUAACGCGAUCGCUUCAGCUGAGAAUCGUGUUCCACAAGCUACGGUUCAGAAGAGAAGAUGGGGGGGCUGCUGGAGCAUAUAUUGGUGUUUUGGAUCUUACAAACAAAAAAAGCGAAUUGGGCCUGCUGUUCUUACUUCUGAAACGAGUUUUUCGGGUGCUAAUGUGCCUGCUGCUGAAAAUCCAACCCAAGCACCUGCCAUUGCACUUCCCUUUGUUGCACCACCCUCCUCUCCUGCAUCUUUCCUUCCAUCUGAACCCCCCUCUGCUACACAGUCUCCAGCUGGUUUAGUGUCUCUCACCUCUAUUUCUGCUAGUAUGUACUCUCCAGGGCCUGCUUCAAUUUUUGCAAUUGGCCCUUAUGCUCAUGAAACUCAGUUAGUUUCACCACCUGUUUUCUCAACCUUCACCACUGAACCUUCAACCGCUCCCUUUACUCCUCCUCCUGAGUCAGUGCACUUGACUACGCCUUCCUCACCUGAGGUGCCAUUUGCUCAGUUGCUUGGUCCCAACCUCCAGUAUGGAGAGGGUGUACAAAGAUUCCCAAUAUCCCACUAUGAAUUUCAGUCUUAUCAGCUUCAUCCUGGGAGCCCUGUUGGCCAACUGAUCUCACCAAGCUCAGGCAUCUCAGGUUCUGGCACCUCAUCUCCUUUCCGUGAUGGUGAAUUUGCUGCUAGUCUACACUUUCCUGAGUUCCGAAUGGGUGACCCUCCCAAGCUCUUGAACCUUGAUAAGCAUUCCAGCUGUGAAUGGGGAUCACAUCAUGGUUCUGGCACUUUAACCCCAGAUGCUACAAGGUCCACACCUCGCAAUGGUUUUCUUUUGGAUCAUCAGAUCUCUGAGAUCACAUCUCAUCCACAUUUGAAGAAUAAAGAAGUCCAAAAUGAUCAAGUUGCACAUAAUCAUAGAGUUUCAUUCGAGUUAACUACUGAAGAAGUUGUAAGAAGUUUGGAAAUGGAGACAGCAACACCAUCAGAAGCUGUAUCAGGAUCUCUACAGAUUGAAGCAACAAGAGAGAGAGAAGAACACGAUACUAAGGUGGUUGAUGAUUAUGAAUGUCGCGUUGGUGAAACAUCCAAUGAAAGACCAGAGAAAGCUCCAGCAGAUAGGGAAGGGAAACCACAGCACCAUAAGCAUCAAUCCAUCACUCUUGGCUCAGCUAAAGAAUUCAAUUUUGACAAUGUUGAUGGGGGUGAUGCUCAUAAGCCUAUUCUUACUUCCGAUUGGUGGGCCAAUGACAAGGUAGCUGGAAAGGGUGGUGGUGUCCCCAGGAAUUGGUCCUUUUUCCCCAUGAUGCAGCCAGGGGUAAGGUAACUGGUAUGCAUCUCCAUAGAGGUCUUCCGAUUCCAUAUCUUUUUAGGAAUUUAGGUGUGCCUUCGGGGUAUCAAAAAAUUUGGUAACAGCAACAGAGUGCAAUUAUUCAAUCAAAACUAUACAUGAUUUUAGGGUUUUGACUCAGAUGGCAUAUUGCAUGACUUGCAUUGCAUGGAGGCUGUUUUUGAGUCCUUCGUGACUAAAAAACAGGGUCUGAUAGGAAUGUUUCACUUGUUUCAAUAUGUAUUAUAUUUCUCUAAUUUAGGCAUAUAGAUAUCAUAACAGCCUUUCUGAUUUGUG